GUGUUUGAGUGGACAGUCACGAGGUUAAAGCGCCCUCUAGUGUUCACAGUCUAAACGUCACUGACUCCAUAUAAGGAUCGUUUCCAGCCUGACGAGGAGGAAGUCCGCUGGUAUGUGAUAAUGAGAGGGACUUUUCCUCCUCUCUCUCUCCCUCCCUCUCUCCCUCUCUCUGAUUGGCUGGUCGGAGUCUUUGGAGGUGGAGGAGCUGGAGCUGUGCGUAAAGGCGCGUGUGUGCGUAAAGGCGCGGGUGUGUGCGCUCCGCUGCUCUCCUGUCAGGUGGACUUCUCUCUCUCUCUCUCUCACUCACUGCCCGGUUUCACUGCUGCCUGGUCUUAUGACCUGAGAGGAUGAAGAGGAGCUGAAACUCUGCGCUUCACUUCAGAGCAGACUGGAGCAGACCGGAGACAUGAGCGGCGUCACGGUCUGGACGGAGGAGGAGGAGGAGGACUUGGCUCAGGAGGACGUGCGAUCUUCGGCCCUGUGGUCAGAGGAGCGAUGUGAGGAGCUCUGGGAACGCGUGGAGGGAGUACGCCACAAGCUCACUCGCAUCCUUCACCCGGCCAAACUCACGCCGUACCUUCGUCAGUGCAAGGUCAUCGACGAGCAGGAUGAGGACGAGGUGCUGAACUCCACUCAGUAUCCUCUACGCAUCAGCAAGGCCGGCCGUCUGCUGGACAUCCUACGGGGUCAGGGUCGGAGAGGUCUUCAGGCCUUCAUGGAGUCUCUGGAGUUUUACCACCCGGAGCAGUACACACAGCUGACGGGACAGCAGCCAACGCAGAGGUGCUCCCUCAUCCUGGAUGAGGAAGGUCCGGAGGGUCUGACCCAGUUCCUGCUCCUGGAGGUUCGUAAGCUGAGAGAGCAGCUGAGGAACAGCCGCAUGUGUGAGCGCCGCCUCUCUCAGCGCUGCAGGAUGGCGGAGGAUGAACGCAGCCGGGCUGAACGCAAAGCCCAGGAGCUACGACACGACCGACUGCAGCUCGAGAGGGUCCGUCAGGACUGGGAGUCCUCCAGUCGGGAGCUGGGGAAGCUGAAGGACCGGCACCUGGAGCAGGCGGUGAAGUACUCCAGAGCCCUGGAGGAACAAGGCAAGGCCUCGAGCCGAGAGAGAGAGCUCCUGACUCAGGUAGAGGAGCUCAGGUCCAGACUGAAGGACGCAGACUCUCUGGAUCCUCCAGGACUCCAGACCACGUCAGCCAAAAGAAACGACGUGAUCUCUAACGGAGUCGACAGUUCCCCUCCUGCUGUACCAGAGAAACCUCCACAGAGGACCGAGGUUCAGAAAGCAAAAAAAGGAACUGAGAUGAGAGACUCGGCUCUGAUGGACAUCCUGCAGCAGGACCGCAGGGAGUGUGCAGAGCAGAGGCAUGAGCUCUGUGAUAUCAUCACCAAACUGCAGGGGGAGCUAGAGAGCGCUGAGGAGCACAGGAGCAAGCUGGAGUCUCAGUGUAAGCAGCUCCAGCUGAAGGUCCGGACUCUCCAGCUGGACUGGGAGACCGAGCAGAAGAGGAGUUUGUCUUAUUUCAAUCAGAUCAUGGAGCUGGAGAAGGAGCGAGACCAGGCUCUGCGUAGUCGAGACAGCCUGCAGCUGGAGUACACCGACUGUCUGCUGGAUAAGAACCGUCUCCGUAAGCGCAUCGCGGAGCAGCAGGCGAGCCUGGAGCAGCAGCAGAGGGAGCUGGAGAAGGAGCAGGAGAGGAGCCGGGAGCAGAUGGAGCAGAGCGUCUCGUCCCUGCACUGUUCACACCUGUCCCUGUGCAGCGAGGACCAGUGCUACGGACCCUGCUGCUCCCUCGGCCUGGACCUGAGACCUCAGACCGGCAGCACCCGACCCCUGCUGAGGAAGACGCCCUCUGGAGGCCAGACCAACGAGCACUCUGAGGACUCCGGCUCCAACUCAGAGGAGAAUCUGCUUUUGUCGACGGAGGACAGUGAAAAGGAGAUAAACCGUCUCUCCACGUUUCCCUUCCCCCCCUGUAUGAACUCCAUCAAUCGGCGGUUCAAAACAGAGUUAGAUUUGGAGUCCUGGGGCAGUGAUGAGAACGACAACAUCACAGGUGAGCAGAGCGAGCCGUCUCUGUGGGACUCGUGCACCUCUCUGCACUCUCACCUGUUCCCCCCUGACCUGGUCCACCUGCCGGCCGUCUCUUCACAACAGCCUUACCCAAGUGUUCCCAGGGUGCCGCCCAGCCCCUCGUCCUCCAGCCCCCCCAUCUCACCGAAUCAGGGGCGGUCUGGUCUGGCAGACGACAUCACCGUGGUAGGAGGAAACCUAACAGGGAUCUUUGUCAGCCACGUGAGAGCUGGUUCCCCCGCUGAACAAUGUGGACUGAAGGAGGGCAGCGAGCUGCUGGAGCUGGAGGGCGUUCUGUUCGGAGGGGGCAGCGUGCAGCUGAACCAGUGCACAGCCGAGGUCGCUCACUUCUCUCUGCAGUGGUGGAGCGAGCCAUCAUCCCUCAAACACCAGAGCAACCUUGAGGCGUACUCGAAGCUCUGCUCCCUGCGCUCCUCGCCUUCUUACAUGGGCGCCGACUCUUUCUACGUGCGAGUCAAUCUCAACAUGGAGCCUCAUGGUGAACCUCCGUCUCAGAGUGUGACCUGUGAUGACAUCAUGCACGUCACGGACACAAGGUUCAACGGGAAGUACCACUGGAGCUGUUCUCUGGUGGACCCACGCACGGCCAAGCCCGUGCAGACGGGAACCAUGCCCAACUACAACAGGGCGCAGCAGCUGUUACUCGUGAGGCUUCGUAAGAUGGCUCUGCAGCAAAAGGACUUCAAGAAGAAGUUCAUGAAGAAAGGAUCUGGACGCGUACGAUUGGUCAAAGCGGUGGACCCUGGAGGCCGUGGGAUCGCUUCCACUCAGCCGGUCCUCUUCACGCUGAGCAAACGUCACGAGGAGCACCUGAUCCCGUACAGCGUGGUGCAGCCGGUUCAGGUUCAGAGCAAGCGGCCGGUCAUCUUCUCGCCGUCGCUCCUCUCCCGUGGACUCAUCGAGAGGCUGCUGCAACCUGCAGAGUCUGGGCUGAACUUCAACACCUGUCCACCAGAGCCGAUCCAGAUUUCAGAGAGGAGGGACAAGAGAGUCUUCUUGUUGGAUCCUUGCAGUCCAGAGCAGACUCUGGGGAUCAGGCUGCAGUCCAUCCAGGAGGUCCUGAGCCAGGACAAACACUGCCUGCUGGAGCUCGGCCUGCAGAGUGUAGAGGGUUUAUUAAGACAGGGAGUCUAUCCCAUCGUGAUCCACAUCCGCCCCAAGAACAAGAAACACAAGAAGCUGAGGAAGUUCUUCCCACGCUGUGGCGAGGACAGCAUCAUGGAGGAGGUGUGCCAGGCCGAGGAGCUACAGCUGGAGACGCUGCCCCUCCUCUACUUCACCCUGGAGCCCAACACCUGGAGCUGCACCGACGAGCUGCUGGCAGCCAUACGCAACGCCAUCCACAGCCAGCAGAGGGCAGUAGCAUGGGUCGAGCUGGACAGGCUUCAGUAGGAGAGAGAGAGAGAGGCAGUCUUUAUUCAUCAGCUGCUAAAAAGCAUCCAUGCUUCUAUCACAGGUCACCUUUCAGGGUUGGAUCAUCACACACAGGCAUGGAGACCGGUACCUCAUGACUCUCUCAUGUGUGACCCAGCUGGACUGGCUUCAGUGAGAGAAUAACCCAAACCAUAAAGGAGCACGUUGAAACAAACCUACCUGAUGUUGGCUCCUCUGCUCACUACAUGUUUUUGUCACAUAACUGUACUUCAGAAAAUAAUCUUACUGAUCACAUACUCACAAACAGAGAUGUACUGCAAAGUAUCAAUAUGUAUAUCUUUAUUUUGUUCCUCCAGUUAAAUCUGUAUUUUUUAAAGGCUGAUAUUUUAAUAACAUGAACUCCAAACUGACGUCAGUUUAUCCACCUGACCCUUGGUUUUAAAGCAGUGUGGUUACCUGGAGAGUUUUUAUGUAUGACUGACAGACAGAUAGUGCUGCAUUAUUUACACUACACUGUGCACCAGAGGGUGAUGUUUAAUAUAAUACGUUUGUUUUGUACUGCCAUAUGUUAUUUUUUAUUUUGUAACUGGUUUAUAAAAUAAAGAAUACAACAGAA